AAAUAGGAAAUUGGUCUCCAUUGGAUUCAAUUCAAUUUACCGCACAAUCACGACCCGUCUCUCUCUUUCUCUCGCUUAUAACAGCUCAAAUUCCGGAAAUAAAAUUCGCUUCUGCAUUUUCAAUUUUGGAGAAGGUUCGAAUUAGAGGACAAGGAAAUGGGAAUUCCUUCAGAAACGAGGAAUUAUUGGGCACAAACAAUCAGAAACAACAACAUGAAUAACCAUAAUACGAAUUUUGUUAUUCCCUCACCAGCUGAGGAUCAGAGGAUUUUGGAAGCUAGGCGUUGCACUCAAGAAGGUGUCCGUGCUGGAGCCAAGGCGGCUGCUGUGGCUUGUGUUGCCAGUACUGUUCCUACUUUGGUUGCCGUUCGUGUGAUUCCUUGGGCAAAGGCUAAUCUCAAUUAUACUGCUCAAGCGCUCAUUAUAUCUGCCGCUUCAAUUGCUGCUUACUUCAUCACAGCUGACAAGACUAUAUUGGAAUGUGCAAGAAGAAAUGCCCAGUAUGACAAAACAAUCAAUGCUGUUAAAUCUUAAGGCUGCAAUUUUAUGUUGCCAUCGUGUAUUAUACCUGUUUGCUGUGUUGGAGUUGUGUUUCUACAAAGAGCCCCUUUGUAACCUUGGUGAGAUAAAACAUAUUCACUGGAAAAUGUGUUUUAGUUAUGGGCCUCGGCUGUUUACCAUUUUUAUGCAUUUUUUCUGGCAAAUAAAAUUUUCCAGUCAAGCUUUUGUUACAAUUGUUCAUGUGAUCGGAAUUCAGCAAAGAAUAUAUUGCCAUAGCAAUUGCAGUUGUUCCA